AUGGACAAUUACCAGCAGAAAAUUGGCUGCUUCAUCCAUAUUCCCAAUGUGGGCCGUGGUCAAUUGAAGUAUGUAGGACCUGUAGAAGGCAAAUCAGGCACAUUUGUUGGCGUUGAUCUUCUCGCAAACAUUGGAAAGAACGAUGGCAGUUUCCAAGGCAGGCAGUAUUUCGAGACCGAGUACACACAAAGUGGACUUUUUAUACAAUUGCAGAAAGUUUCUAGCCUUAUAGAUGCUGCCUCCAUUUCCAAUUCCUCGCGGCGAACUACAUUUGGUGAGUCACACGGCAGCGAUCCACGGUCUGGGCUGUCAAGUGUUCCUAGGUCCCCAACACCGGUACGCUUGGGAUCUCGCCAGAGCUCGACGGCAUUUUCCGACGCUAUGGACGUAGACGGUGAAGACCGUCGUCAACGAAACGCGAGCGCAGGUUCCAACCGUGGCAGCCUAGAUUUGAAAUUCCAUCAACAAUCGCAGGAACUUGCGCAGUGCAAACGGCUGCUGAGCGAACAACGGGUUGUGCUGGAAGAGGUCCAACCCGCAAUCGAUGACUAUGAGACUAAGUUGCAACAGAUGGAAACGCAGGUUUCCACCCUACAAGCCCAGCUGGCUAAGGAAAAAGACUCACAGGCUAAGCAGAAACUAUACUUUGAAACUGAACACGAACAACUUCUGUCGGUUGUGGAAGAGCUGCAUUCAGAGAUACGCGAAAACGAAAAGAGGAUGUUGGAGGUUCAAGAAUUACAUCGCCACCAGCACCAGGCUCUGCCGACCGACUCAACAAUUGCUGAGCUGCAAGCUGAAAAUGAGAAAAUGCGGGAAAGGGUCGAGUACCUCGAGCAGCGAGCAGCCCCGCAUGAAGCCGCCGCUUUAAAAUGGGAGAAAGAGCGUAACCAGCUGAAAUUGCAAAACGAGUCCCUGAGCUCGGAAUACCAGUACAUUUCUAAAGAGCUUAAUGAAGUUCAACGCAAGCUGGCCCAAGAACUGUCACCAAGCUCACAGGGUCCUGCCACUACGAACGAGACACAGGAACCCAACCCGGAAAUCGAAAAAUUAAUUCUUCAAUUGGCUACAGCGAACGCCAGGAUACGCGAGCUCGAACAUGAUUCAACCCGUCCAACUACACCUGCUUUGACAGCAGCUUCUGAUCCUAACGAGCCAGAAUCCGACUCAUUGCCACUGUAUAUGCCUAAAAAAGCAGACCGUGCUGCUGGACGACAAAAAUGGUGCGCCUUAUGCGAGAGAGACGGUCACAACAGCGUAGACUGCCCGUUUGAAAACGAUCAAUUAUUUUAG